AUGAUAGAGAAAAAUCAGACUUGUUCUGUAGGGCAGGAUUCUGUGCCCUAUAUGACUUGUCUGGUUCACAUAUUGGAAGAAUGGAUUGGUGUCCAACAAUUAGAAGAUUAUUUGAAUUUUAUUAACUAUCUUUUGUGGGUAUUUACUCCACUAAUAGUCUUGAUACUGCCUUAUUUUACCAUUUUUCUUCUCUACCUUACUAUUAUUUUCUUACAUAUUUACAAGAGGAAGAAUGUAUUAAAGGAAGCAUAUUCCCAUAAUUUUUGGGACGGUGCAAGGAAAACUGUAGCAACGGUUUGGGAUGGACAUGCAGCAGUAUGGCAUGGUUAUGAGGUUCAUGGAAUAGAAAAAAUACCAGAAAAAGGACCAGCACUUAUUAUUUUUUACCAUGGGGCCAUUCCUAUAGAUUUUUAUUAUUUUAUGGCUAGAAUCUUUAUCCAUAAAGGCAGAGCCUGCCGAAUAGUAGCUGAUCAUUUUGUUUUUAAAGUCCCAGGAUUUAGUCUGUUACUUGAUGUAUUUUGUGCUCUUCACGGACCAAGAGAAAAAUGUGUUGAAGUGCUGAAAGGUGGCCAUUUGUUAGCUAUUUCACCAGGUGGAGUUCGAGAAGCUCUUCUUAGUGAUGAGAACUACAGCAUAAUGUGGGGUGAUCGUAAAGGCUUUGCCCAGGUUGCUAUAGAUGCAAAAGUGCCCAUCAUUCCCAUGUUUACACAAAAUAUUCGAGAAGGAUUUAGAUCACUUGGAGGAACAAAGUUAUUCAGAUGGCUUUAUGAAAAAUUCCGGUAUCCAUUUGCCCCACUAUAUGGAGGCUUUCCAGUCAAAUUACGCACUUAUUUAGGUGAUCCCAUUCCAUAUGAUCCAAAGGUGACAGCAGAACAACUAGCUGAGAAGACAAAGAAUGCAAUUCAAGAGCUGAUAGAUAGACACCAAAGAAUACCUGGAAACAUCAUGAGUGCUCUGUUGGAACGUUUUCAUUAAAAAGAAGAGGUCAACUAGAAUUUU